CGGGCGGGUCAAAGCGCCUGAGAGACGAGUUGCUGGUUGCUUUGCGGUUUCUUAUCCAGGAAGAUGGCUUCUCUGUUUGGAAAAGUGUUUGUGUUUUUGAUUCUGAGUUUUCACAAUCCAGGUGAUGUUUCAGGAAACGCGGUCGAGCAGAAAAUCUACGUGAAGUUGAACAACACCGCCCCCUGUGUUCGUUUGCUGAACUCCACCCACCAGAUCGGGUGCCAGUCCUCUAUCUCUGGAGACACGGGGGUGAUCCACGUGGUGGAGGUUCUGUCUGAUCUGGACUGGGUUCUGACGACCGGUCCGAACCCCCCUUACAUGGUGCUGCUGCAGGGAGAACUCUUCAGCAGAGAGUUGAUGAUGAAGAUGAAGGAUUCGCCUCGUGUGGCUGGCGUUGCCGUGGCGAUCCCCAAAACCGCCCCUAGCAACGGUUUCUCACCUCACCAGAGCUGCCCCAAUGAAGAGACAGGCUUGUAUUCAGAUAGCUAUGGCCCGCAGUACUCUCGUUGUAACCAGACCCUGUGGAACCCUCUGGGGACUGGCCUGUCCUACGAAGAGUUUCACUUUCCCAUCUUCAUGAUGAGAGAUGAGAACGAGACCAGCGUCAUCAAAAAGUGUUUUCUGGAUCACAACGCCCCUGUAAACGGUACCGUGCCCCCCUCCCCGCUGUGCGCCAUGCAGCUGUACUCUCACAUGCACGCUGUCACCAACUCGGCGACCUGCAUGAGGAGGAACGACAUCCAGAUGAGUUUCAGCAUCAAUUCAGAUGUGGUUUGUGAUCCCCUCAGUGAUUAUAAUAUCUGGAGCUCUGUGAAGCCCCUCAAUACUUCCGGACAGGCUGGGCCGCAGGAGAGAGUCGUCGUGGCAACCGCCAGGCUGGACAGUCGCUCGUUUUUUUGGGAGAUCGCUCCGGGGGCAGAGAGCGCCGUGUCCGGGUUCGUGACUCUGCUGGCGGUCGCAGAAGCGCUGGCCAAAGCAGCGGAAAAUCUGACCAGCCCGCUCCCCAAAAACAUCCUAUUUGCGUUCUUUCAGGGGGAAGUGUUUGAUUAUAUUGGCAGUUCUCGGAUGGUGUACGACAUGCAGAAGGGGAAGUUUGUCAUCGGCCUGGAGAAUAUUGACUCCGUUGUAGAGAUAGGACAGGUGGGCUUGCGGAACGGGUCAAAACUCUGGAUUCACAGCGACCCCGUAUCCCGGAAAAACAGCUCCAUCAAUGACGAGGUGAACAGUCUGGUCAGCUCUCUCGGGAACGCCAGCUCCAGGUUGAACAUCUCGGUCUCAGAAGCUGGCUUCUCUCAGCCACUUCCCCCAGCAUCCUUCCAGAGGUUCCUGAAGGCUCGACCAAUCCCUGGCGUCGUCCUGACGGACCACCAAUCAGCUUUCAACAACAGGUUCUACGAGAGUGUGUACGACAGGGCGGAUAACCUGAGGGUCAGCUACCCCAGCGGACUGAGCCCAGAGCAGCAGCUGGACUUCAUCACUGACACGGCCAGGUCUCUUUCAGAAGUCUCCACUCUCGUUGCCCGCGCUCUCUUCCUAAGGGCCGGGGGGCUGCAGACGGAUCUGGGCAAAAUCCAGGCAGACACCAAAACGGUGACACGAAUGCUGUACGGCUUUCUUAUCCAGUCCAACAACACCUGGUUCAGAUCUCUCAGCAGCCAGGAGCUCCAGGCGGCUUUGGUGGACAGACCCCCUCAGUACUACGUCGCUGUCUCGUCCCCAGCGCCGUCCACCCGCCUGGUCCAGUACGUCCUGGCCAACCUGACCGGAACCGUGACCAACCUGACCCAGGACCAGUGCCAGAACCCCGACAAGACCCCAGGGUCCGACAGAGAGCUCUACGAGUACCUGUGGGUUCAAGGAGCGGUGCCCGCUAACGCCAGCCAGCCAGACCAGUCCUACUGCGUCCGCGCGCCGGUGCGCCUGUCCAAAGCCGUCUCCCCGGCCUUCGAGCUGAAGGACUACAGGUCCACCGAGUACUCCACCUGGACAGAGUCCCGCUGGAAGGACAUCCGAGCCAGGAUCUUCUUAGUGGCCAGCAAGGAGCUGGAGAUGAUGACACUAGGUGUGGGCAUCACUAUUUUAAUAGUCUCCUUGCUCGUGACGUAUUUCGUGAGCGCCAAAGCAGACAUCCUGUUUACCAGCGCGAGAGAGACGACCACCGCCGCCUACUGACGAUGUCACGUCCUGUCUGGGAACUGUUUUUUUUGGGGGGGGGGCUGAGGGAAGAAGGGGGUGAUGGGUAAUGUGUUAAGAAAAAGGGGGGGUGCUUUUACGUUCCAUGUACAGUCUCUUUAAGACAAAAAAAAAAUGCACUCCCUUAAAGAUAUAUCUGUGCAAUUACAGGAUAAGGCCACUGGGUGGUGCUGUUUGCUAUGGAGAAAUAGCAAGCAUUAGGGAGUACCCCCCCCCCCUUGAGUUGUGUAACUGUUAUUGGAGCUGCCUUCAGUGCACUACAUAAUCGCUGGAUAUGUUGAUCCAGUCCAAAGUAUUGAUCUCUUGCCCGUCUGUGUGAUAUUUAAUAGUUCUUUCUAGCGGUGAUUAAAAGGCUUGAGAGUGAAGAGUCAGUUUUGCUUUCUGUUUCAGUGCCCUGCACGUCGUCUUCAAUUAAGACUUAUUUUUUUAUUUUUUAAAGCAUCUGACGUUUUCAACCUGCCUGAUAACAUCUAGAAUACAGUUCCACAAACGAGGAGUAGAAUAAAAAAAACCUCUGGCUGAUUUUAAGAUUAUUAUUAUUAUUAUUAUUAUUAU